GAACUUCCACUAGCAUCCCCAAUCUCAAACUAAAUUCUGGGCCUUCAUGGAAAACAACCAAGUAUCAUAUAUUAAGUCAAGAAUCAAUAGAGAUUCAAGAUGACUACUUAAGGGGCUGCACUACACGAUUGAUCCAAGCAAAAUGCUCACAAAAUGCCAAUGCCAUAAUACUGGAACACAUAUCACCAUACCUAUUGGUGAAGCCAUGUUUCUUUGGAUCUACUCAAAAAACAAUCAACACUAUCUAG